AUGGAGAAGGUACCUGUUGUCAAGGAAUUCAUGGAUGUAUUUUCUGAGGAGCUUCCUGGGUUGCCACCGGAUAGGGAGAUAGAGUUUUGUAUAGAUAUUAUGCCGGGUAUGAAUCCUAAUUCUAUGCCACCUUCCAGGAUGGGACCAGCAAAGCUAAAGGAACUGAAGGAGCAAUUGCAAGAGAUUUUGGACAAGGGUUUCAUUCGGCCAACUCUAGUGCUGACAUUGCCUGUGAGUGAAGAAGGAUAUACAGUGUAUUAUGAUGCUUCCAGAGUCAUCUUGGGGUGUGUUUUGAUGCCUCAUGGUAAAGUAGUGGCUUAUGCUUUAAGGCAGUUAAAAAGGCACGAGCAAAACUACCUUACUCAUGAUUUAGAGAUGGCGGCUGUAGUUUUUUCACUAAAGAUCUGGAGGCACUAUUUAUAUAGUGAGGUGUAUGAGAUAUACACUAACCAUAAAAAGCUUAAAGUACAUCUUCCAGCAGAGAGAUCUAAAUCUAAGGUAGAGGAGAUGGAUGGACCUUCUAAAGGAUUAUGA